AUGCUGAUCCUUUGCUGGAAUGUUGCUGGACUAAGCACUACUGUUCACAAAAUAAACGACUUGUAUGGAAAAGGGAGGAAAGGGAAACCAUCGGUGGUACUAUCGGAGUAUUUUGGCCGUCAUGGAGCGGAUAUCGUUUGCGUUCAAGAACACAAGAUUCCCCGCUCUCAACUUUCGUCACGGUCCGAGCCACUUGGAUGUUCGUCAAUAGACAACUAUGAAUCGUUUUGGUCUUGUUGUACGGAUACGAAGAAGAAGGGGCUAAAUGGUGUGGUUACUUAUGUAAAGAAUGGCGUGGGCGUCAAAUCUGCAAACUCGAGGCCGCUUGGUCGUGCCGAUCUGGACGAUCAAGGCCGCUGUGUCAUGACUGACCAUGGGAAAUUCGUUCUCUUUAACGUUUACGUCCCAGCUAGUUCUGGACAACCGCUUAGCUACAAAAUGAAAUUUCUCAAUGCGCUAAGACGGGAAAUGCAACGUCAACGUAAUGUCGGAAAGGAAGUUAUUUUGGUUGGGGACCUCAAUAUCUCGCACGCAAAGCUUGACAAAUUCUGGUCAGACAGAGUUCUCUUCAUCAAUGACAUCCUACGCGAAAGCGCAGCCGGUGAACCAGCAGAUUUUCCAAAGUGGAAGAGACAAAUUGCAUGUGCAUGGCCAAAGAUCCAAAGAGCACUCCAAACAAGGACUGUAGUGCCGACUAAAACCACCAACUCUCAAAACAACAAAACAUACGACAAAUAUCGCAUGAAGGUCGAUGUAGAUGGAAGGACAGUAUAUUUGGGAUCUCACGAAAGUGACCCAAGAUACUGCGAGUAUCGUUACAACUUGGACUCAAUGUCUUACGUUUGCGAAGAAACUGACGAGGUCAUUCCAGCGGAAGAGGAGAAUGUAGUAUGUGUCUCGACUAUUUCUGAAUUGAUGGGAAAGCUUGCAGGCAUUACUUGGGACGAAGCUACCCAAAGGCAAGUCGGUGAAUGCUCCGGUGCAAGCCGAAUGGCCCCGCCUCGGAUUUGGCUCAAUAGAGUCAUCCAAGAAGAUUCUAUGGUGGAUGCAAUGCGGCAAUUAUACCCUUCUGCAGCAGGACGGUACACUUGCUGGAAUCAAAACACAAAUCGUCGUUACUGCAACGAAGGUGCAAGAAUCGAUUACACUUUGGUCGACAAGUCCUUAUUCAAAUAUGUCAAACGUGGAAAUGCAGAAUCAUUGCGGGUUCACCCAACUGGUCCCGAUGAUCCAAACAGCGAAGAAGCUGCCGCAUGUGUCGCGACUGCCAAUGGUGGGUUCCAGGCAGUGUCCUUUCAAGGUGGUGGGAUCGUUGAGGCAUCUCAAGACGUUUUGGAUACACAAUUUGGGGAGCCUCACACAGGAUUAGUCUACACGCCACCGACCUUCUCGGACCAUAUUGCGAUAUCACUGCUUUUGGAUGACGAAUGUUUGGCACCAUCUGUUGUCUUGGACAAGUCUGAUCCACUAACCCGAACAUCCCAACCGCACAAGUCUCAGAAGACGAUUGCAUCUUUCUUCGCUUCGGCGUCUUCAACUUCCAUCAAGGAGAAAAUUUCUUCCUCUGGUUCCAGAUUUCGGGUGGGCGAGCCUGCAAAAAAAGAGUCUGGUAUCAAGCGUUUCUUUGUCCAGCCAUCGUCAUCAAACAGCAAGAAGGGGAAAAGGUGA